AUGUCUGCAAUAAAAAGGGAUAGACAGGCUGGCCGACUUUGUCCUCCAAUGGUAUACAUGGAAAACUACGAGGUAGCUUUUGUAGAUAAUGGACCGCCUAUGUACGGAUGCGCCUACAUAGCACACGACCGGUCAUUGACCAAUUCACCAUUGUUUCAUUUGUGGCUCGAACGUCAACCAAGUUUCGAGCCCACCUAUUGCAAGAACAUGAGUAAUAUGGACCAUUAUAUUUUUGAGUGCUUGACAAAAGAUGAUUCACACGAUAAGGAUGAAUUUGAAAAAGGCUUUCAGUAUAUGUCGCUAUACGAAUAUACAGCAAAUGCAUCUGACAAUGUAAGACAAUUCGACAGGCAAUCCUACAGGUGUGCCGUGUUCGUGGCUGAUGAUUACGUCAACUAUGGGGUUGUGGUAAUCCGGAUGGCACUUAGCAAGGGUAUAGCACACUAUUAUCACGAAUCACUGUGCAAUGGUCUAUCGAAUUUGCUGUCAGAUAGAGAUCUGAAGUACGACCCUCCGUCGCAACAAAAUUGGCCUAAAGGAUCUAAGUAUGUAUUUGUAAUGGGAGACCUUCAGCCCAAAAGACGUAUAAUAACAACUACUACAACAACUACACCAAAACCUCAAUUAGAUUAUUUUGAUUAUUUAUCCAUGGUAUUGGCUCAUCGUCCUAAAUAUUAG